GGCGGAGUCAGAGCAAGAGGAUAUGUACUGCCGUCUGAAUCAGGUCCCGACUUUGAAGGAGCUCUAUAAAUCUGCUAUUUUGAAAGCCGUGGCUCAGCCGCGAUAUCCAGCGAACGCGGCCCUUCUGGACAGGGUUUCUCUAUGGCAGGGAGACAUCACGGACCUCGAGGUUGAUUCCAUAGUGAACGCCGCCAACAAGAGCCUCCUCGGCGGAGGCGGAGUGGAUGGCGCUAUCCACGCUGCUGCUGGCCGAGAGCUCCUUGCAGAAUGCCGCACUCUGAACGGUUGUGAGACCGGAGACGCAAAGAUUACGAAGGGUUACAAGCUGCCAAGCAAGCACGUCAUCCAUACUGUCGGGCCGGUGUACUCGUCCUCGAACGUGGAAACAAAGGCAUCGCAACUAGCCUCCUGCUACCGCCGCAGUCUCGAGUUGGCCACGGAAAACUCCCUUCGACACAUUGCAUUUCCCUCCAUCUCCACGGGCAUAUACGGAUAUCCAAUCAAAGACGCCACCCAUAUCGCCUUGACCGAAGUUAGAAAGUUCUUGGACAACGAGCAAGCGGCGAAUAUACUCGAGCGUGUGAUCUUCGUCGUCUGGAGCGACAAGGACAAAGAGGUCUACGAGCAUCUUCUUCCAGAUUAUUUCCCGGACAACGAUGCCUCCAAAUCCAUAUAGGGCAUGCCGGUUCUGCCGUAGCAGCGAAAAUAGCAGCAUUGAAUGUAUAUCAGUACGCGUCGAGUAACGGGUUAGAACACACGCUCCAAACGGAGAACAAUGCGGAAGUUCACCACAAUUACCCUUU